CUCCGCUGCCCGAAACGUGACCAUGUGGAUUCAACAGCUUUUAGGACUCAGUUCCAUGUGCAUCCGCUGGCCGGGCUGCUCCAUAGGAAGCCAUGCGUGGAUACUUAUAGCCAUGUUUCAGCUCGCCAUGGAUCUGCCCUCGUGUGAGUCCCUGGGCCCGGGCCCCGACUUCCGGCUGCUGCCCCGGCCACCGCAGCGGCCGCCCCGGCUGUGGAGUUUGAAGAGCGGACAGGCGGCGCGCAUCCCCGUGCCCGUGUGGAGCCCGCGCCCGGCCCGCGUGGAGCGCAGCCACGGCCAGAUGCCCAGCCCGCGCGCCAAACGGGCGCACAGACCCAGGGACCAGGUGGCCGCCCUGGUGCCCAGAGGCGGGCUCGCCAAGCCUCCAGCCGCGGCCGGAUCCAGCCCUUCCCUCGGCUCCUCCUCCGCCGCGGCCCCGUCGCCCACGGCGGGUGGCGGGGCCGGCACGGACCAGCAGGCCCUCCUGCGGAGGGGGAAAAGGCACGUGCAGGGGGCCGGCUUCAACGGCUUUGACUUCCGGGGCAGCAGGCCCACCACCGAGACGGAGUUCAUCGCCUGGGGACCCACGGGGGAGGAGGAGGCCCCGGAGUCCAACACAUUUCCAGGCCUUUACGGCCCCACCACGGCUUCCAUCUCACAGACACGGAAGACGACCGUGGCCAUCGCCACCACCGCCGCCACGGCCACCACGGCCACCUCCAUGAUGCUGCAGACUAAGGGGGCCACCGAGCCCCUGGGCCCGAGGAAUAGGAUCCCGGCUGGGGCUAGCACAACGGAGCCUUCCACCAGUCCCAGCAAAGACAAUGGCGAAGAUGUCAAGCCCCCAAGAAUUCUGGGGGAGACCUCAGGUCUGGCUGUUCAUCAGAUCAUCACCAUCACUGUCUCCCUCAUCAUGGUCAUAGCUGCUCUGAUUACAACUCUUGUCUUAAAAAACUGCUGUGCCCAAAGCGGGAACACGCGCAGGACCAGCCACCAGCGGAAGAUCAACCAGCAGGAGGAGAGCUGCCAGAACCUGACGGACUUCACCCCUGCCCGGGUGCCCAGCAGCCUGGACAUCUUCACGGCCUACAACGAGACCCUCCAGUGCUCCCACGAGUGUGUGCGGACGGCUGUGCCUGUGUACGCAGACGAGACGCUGCAUCCGACGGGGGAGUACAAGUCCACGUUUAACGGGAACCGACCCUCCUCUGAUCGGCAUCUUAUUCCUGUGGCCUUUGUGUCUGAGAAAUGGUUUGAAAUCUCCUGCUGACUGGCCGAAGUCUUGUGUACCUCCUGGGGGCAGGGCAGACGCCAUGUGUCUAUUUUAUGGUACGUACCUCUUUUUCUGGACGUUGAUUGAUUUUGUUUUUCCCCUUUGCCUCACCUUCCCCAACCCCGGGAUAAGUGGGAGGCCUUCUGGACAUGGCAGGUGGUGUGGCCGUCCCGAAUGCGAGCCGGAGGGCUGGGCUUGUGGUCUCUCUGCUUCACUUGUUAGAAAUGGCCCCGUGGAGGGGAGGGACAGACAGGCAGGGACGAGGACCAGCAGGGAAACCCGGCCGCUCAGCAGGCGGAGACCAGGGCGGCGGCCACACGGGCAGGUAUCUCACCUGCAUCGAAUGUCUGUACGUCG